UGCGGCGAGAAUACCCCGGCAGGAGUAACCAUUCCCGUGCAACAUGCCACUGAUUCUGCGCCUGCCCGGCUCCGGCGGCGGGGCGGGGAGAAGAGAUGCCUAGAUCUGCUUUGCAGGAGACUGGAAAGAAUUUGAUCUAUUUAGAUUAGUCUCUGAUAUAUGGUUUUUAAAUAUUUGGGGCUUAACAGAUCGCGUAGCGAGUCAAAGAGCUCAUACCACGCGCGGAAUAAAUCACUGGGCUCGGGGGAAAGUUGGGGGUGGGGGGCGCUGAUUGGGUGAGGGCUUGCGAGGGUAAGAGCAAAAAGACCUUUCUUCCUCCAGCAAGACGAGCAGAGAGGGCAAGAGACCCCAGGAGUGUCCUAACACUGGAGAGGCGCUCCGCCGGGCUCCCGGGGCAGAGGGACCCCGAAGGAGAGCGCUGUGGCUUUAAGAAACUUGCAGCUAAUAUUCCAGGGUGCCUUAGAGACAGCUCAUAUAUAUGGGGAGUUUGCAAGCAGUAGUUCUUCCAGCUAGAUUAGGCUGGGUGAGCGCUAGAUGGGGUGAUAUAUUAGCGAGACUGGGAGGUUUUAACCUUAAGUGGGAGGAGCUGGGUUUAACUACAGGCAUUUGUUCCAGGGCAAGUCGCUUUAAUCUCUUUAGCUUUAAACUAUCCAACUCGCAACCCGCAUUUUUCUGCCGGGAUCUUUACCACUUUCAUGCAUACGCGGUUGGACCGGUGCAGCUAUUGCAGAGCAAAGACAGUCGGGCUUCUAGGCAUUUCUCCGAGCUCUUCUUCUGAUUCUUUGAAAAUAACAAUAAAGUAAAGCAAUUCAGAAAUAGUACUAAGUGGAUUUUCAGACCUAUAUCUAUAUCUAUAUAUUGUGGAAUAAAACACCUGCAUAAACCAAAAUCAACCCAGCCUCCUUGCCAUGGAUUCCUUUAAAGGUGGGAUGAAUUUGGAAAGACUGCCAGAGAGUUUAAGACCCCAGCCUUCCCAUGACAUGGCUUCCAGCUUCCAUUUGCAAAGAUCUUCUGAAUCCAGAGAUCCGAUUGAGAAUUCAGCCAGUGAAUCGUCAGAUACAGAAGUCCCAGAAAAAGACCGGAGCGGCGAACAGAAGAGCGAGGAUGGAAACCCCGACGAUCCGGCGAAGAAGAAGAAACAGAGGCGGCAAAGAACUCACUUCACCAGCCAGCAGCUGCAGGAGCUGGAAGCCACUUUCCAGAGGAACCGCUACCCGGACAUGAGCAUGAGAGAGGAGAUUGCUGUGUGGACCAAUCUCACCGAGCCCAGAGUCAGGGUCUGGUUCAAAAACCGCCGAGCCAAGUGGAGAAAGCGGGAGCGCAACCAGCAGAUGGACCUGUGCAAGAACGGCUACGUGCCCCAGUUCAGCGGGCUCAUGCAGCCCUACGAUGACAUGUACGCCGGCUACCCCUACAACAACUGGGCCACCAAGAGCCUGACCCCGGCGCCGCUCUCCACCAAGAGCUUCACCUUCUUCAACUCCAUGAGCCCCCUGUCCUCGCAGUCCAUGUUCUCCGCCCCCAGCACCAUCUCCUCCAUGAGCAUGCCCUCCAGCAUGGGCCACUCGGCCGUGCCCGGCAUGCCCAACGCCAACCUCAACAACAUCAACAACCUCGGCAACAUCAGCGGCUCCUCCCUCAACUCCGCCAUGUCCUCCCCCGCCUGCCCCUACGGCCCGCCGGGCUCGCCCUACAGCGUGUACAGAGACACUUGCAACUCCAGCCUGGCCAGCCUCAGACUGAAAUCCAAGCAGCACUCCACUUUCGGCUACAGCAGUUUGCAAAGCCCAGGCUCCAGUCUAAACGCCUGUCAGUACAACAGCUGACGGACUAACGAGGGCCCAAGCAGCCGGAGAGAGGAAGCUCUGCGGCCUGGUAGCAAACCAAACAAACACGGACCAGAAAUCUUUUGCAAGAGACGCCAAAAUCUAAUACACGGAUGAGUUGCAAUUUUCCUCUGGAUUAUGCGGGUUGUAUGUGUUUACUUGAACUUGCACAGGAGUUUCUAACGCGGUCCACUUUCUAGAGCAGAAGAGUGGAAGGGGGGGCGGGGGGGUACGGAUGGUGGUAAAGGCUGGGCUGUGCUGCCCAGUUCGUGGUAGGGGAAGAGGUUUGGUUAAUGUUUACCACUGACCAACAAAAAAAAAAAAAAAAGUUACGUGCAGAAUAAAUUCUGCGGGAAUAUGGUUAAAAUAUUAGGGAUGAAACUAUAAAAAAAAAAAACCAAAAAACUUAACGACCAGGUUCAACCA